CAAAUAGAUAUGAACUCCAUCCAGUUUGGAUUUUUUCUUGUACUUGGUGUUCAGUGUUGGUCCAACGAGCAACUUAUGAUUGCAGUAACAAAAGCCUGCCCUGCAGACUACUACUACUGUCCAAAACGAGAAUACGGGAUUUUCUCUGGGACCCGAUGGGAGUGGGAUGUGGAUGCUAUCAUAAAAUCGGAAAUGGGAGAAAUAUUCAGGAGGAGCCGUUUCCUCAACAAGGACACUCUCAAAGGAUUGCAGGACAGUUUUUGCUGUUCGGAAGGACCGUGUCUCACGCGGUGUGGAAUUUAUCCAAAAACCGAAAUAGACCUUAUCCAAAAGUUCCCAUCCAACGCAAUGGACAUUCUCAAUCUGAAUCUCCCACAAAUCGAGGUCCAUCGUCCAGCGGUCAUGGAAUGGAUGAACACGAUCAAGCAGAAAUCCGCACAAAAGAACAGCUACCCGGCUGAAAUCGAGGAUUUUUUCGACACUGUGCACGCCAACCAAGAUAUCAUCCGCGAAAGGCUAGACCAGGACAACUAAUAAUUAAUACUGAAUAGAUAUACUCAAUCUUUAUUACAAUUACCUUUGGUCCAAUUGUUUUACUCGCACUUAUAUGCUUAAGUAUCUCGUUUUCUCCUAUUUCAUAGAGGUUUCUUCAAAAUCGCAGCAUAAUUGUGCUACGGGUUAAGCCGUUUUGUCAUUUAUAUCGACUCUCAUAUCUACUCAACAUUCGAACACAAAUGUAUCUCAUCAUCAAAAAUUGUAUCGCUUAUUCCCAAAAUUCGAAUUGUCCAAUUUUGUCCUUAAUAAAGUCUCAUGCCUCCUGUGAAA